CAACGAACCGGGUGGAAACGAGGCCGCAAUCCCCCUCCCCGCGAGCCCGGCCGGGCUACGGAUCACGCCGCCCCCGCUCCAAAGGCGGCGAGCCCGCCCCGCAUUCCUGGCUAACCGCGACUGAAGGCUCCCCUCGUACCUGUUCAGAGCUAGCUGGCUCCGAGAAAACCUGUACCCGUGGUGUGGCGGUGCUGAAUGAGACCGACUGCCGGCUCCACACACCCUUUAUAUACCCCUAUCAGAACCUUCCAGAACUGACGCGCCCCUUUCCCGCCAGCCGGCCAAUCCUGCCGCGCCUAUCCCCCUCAGGAGCCAAUCGCGGCGAGCGGAGCACGCCCCCUCAGUGACGCACACAGGAAGGAGGCGGGUUUGCCGGCCGGCGUUCUCGAACCUUCAUGCCGGGGCCCGGCUGGGGAAGGGGCCAGUCGCCGGAUGGGGUGGAGCUGAGGAAGGGCGGGAUCCAAUCAGAGCUCCAGGCUGCCGCUUUAUUUGCAUAAAGAGAACUUGACGCCGGGCGGUGGGGAGAAGUCGGAAGGAAAGCCGAUUACAUUACAAAACCCCACAUCAUCUGGGAGAGGAGAUUUCCAGCAAGCUGUGCUGAGAGGAUGCACUGGGAAGCACAGGGGAAUGAAGACGUCCUUAAGAGAGCAGAGCUCCUGCCCGACAGGCAGCUGAGGGUUAACAAAAUGAACAGCUCUUGUGCGGACAGAGUAUGUUCUUGGCAGUGAGCAGUGAUCUGUGUUACAGUAUGUGAGAGCAGAAGUGUGGAGCAGCUCAUUUCCAUUCACCAGCUGGCAGGUUGAGCUUAAAUCUUAGGAUCCAGUGUCUGGCUGCAGCAAAGCAUCCCCCUCCUUGCCACUCCAAGCCUCAUCUCUUCCUCUGGAUAGGGGUCCUCUCCUCUUCGCAGAGCGGGAUUUGACUCGGGGAUGCUGCCGUGAGGAGUUCACAUCUGCAGCUUUGACAGGACUUCCCCCGACUGUCUGAAUGAAUGAGUGCCUUUCAGAGCAGAACCAGCUCCACGUUGCUCUUGGUCUCCCAGGACUGUUUUCCAGCACAGCUCCGGAGGAGUGUUCACUGAGCCAUGACUGGGCAAAGAGCAGAGAAAACAGCAGAAUGAAAAAAGCCAAGAGAGCCCAGCGGGUUGUCAACAGUCCUCGUACCAGAGGCUAAACUCACUGCCCUGAAAGAGACCAGGCAGAAGAGGAAGUUGCUUCUCAGUGAGAAAGGAGGAGAAAACAAAAGAGAAACUUUGAAACUGGCUCCACUCGUGGUCUGAGCAUCCCCCCCUCCUGCACCCCCAUUAAAUGAAAGCACCGAGAAACAUGAGAUUUCCUUCUUGAGGGGUGGGAACAUGCUGAACUGGGCAGGAGUGGAGAAGGGCAGCUUUUAGUUUCUGGUGUAGUUUAUAUUGAGAUCCAAGAGCUAGAGCAGAGGUGGGAGGGGAAGGUGAAAGGGGAUCUGAUGCCUGCUGCCAAUAUGACAGAGACCCUCCAGCUCCCGGCAUUGCAGGUCCCAGAGCAACAGGUGCCAGAGUGCAGCCGGGCCUGGUCCAGUUCGUCCACCCCCACCCUGCGCAGGAGGCGCUUCAAGAUGAGACGGAUGAAGAACGUGCAAGAGCAGAGCCUGGAGGCCGGCGCGUACCAGGACUCUCCUUCGCUCAACAAAGAGUUCCUGCAACUCCCAUCCAUAGAAAUCACCCCAUCCAGUGACGAGGACACCCCAUGGUCGAAUUGCUCUACGCCCAGCGCCUCCCCGCGGCGCAAGCGUGUCCUGCUGCGGAAGUGGCUGCGCGUGAGAGAGAAGAAGGAAUACAGUGAAAGCAGCAGCCAGCAGAGUAGCCAGCAAAGCAGCCAUGAUGACGAUUCAUCCCGAUUCCUGAGUCCCCGAAUGCGUGACGAAAGCACUGCCAGUAACUCGAACCGCAGCACACCUGCCUGCUCCCCCAUCCUGCGCAAACGUUCCCGGUCUCCAACCCCACAGGACUCCCAAGGAGACGCCAUGGUGGAGAAAGGCUCAGACCACUCUUCAGACAAAUCCCCUUCCACUCCGGAGCAGUGUGUGCAGCGCAGCUAUUCCGCUCAGUCGGGCCGCAGUGGGGCCAAGAACUCCAAGAAAAGCCAGAGUUGGUAUAAUCAUGAGAGACAGCACAUCCGGAGAGUGUUGAGUCCGACCUAUAAACAGCGUAACGAAGACUUCAGGAAACUCUUCAAACAGCUUCCCGACACCGAGCGCCUCAUAGUCGAUUACUCAUGUGCGCUUCAAAGAGACAUUCUCCUGCAAGGCCGCCUCUACCUCUCCGAAAACUGGAUCUGCUUCUACAGCAACAUCUUCCGCUGGGAAACACUGCUGACAGUCCGUUUGAAGGAUAUCUGCUCCAUGACCAAGGAAAAAACUGCACGGCUCAUUCCUAAUGCCAUCCAAGUUUGCACUGACACUGAAAAGCACUUUUUCACUUCCUUCGGUGCCCGAGAUAGGACGUACAUGAUGAUGUUCAGACUCUGGCAGAAUGCUCUCCUCGAAAAGCCCCUGUGUCCAAAGGAGCUCUGGCACUUCGUCCACCAAUGUUACGGGAACGAACUGGGGCUGACCAGCGAUGAUGAAGACUACGUGCCUCCUGAUGAUGAUUUCAACACUAUGGGCUACUGUGAGGAGAUCCCUGUAGAAGAAAAUGAAGUGAAUGACAGCUCCUCCAAGAGCAGCAUGGAGGCCAAACCUGAAGCUAGUCCUCUGCUGCCCAAGAAGUCCAUAACCGCCAGCACGUUGACUUCCACAGGGAGCAGUGAAGUGCCAACUUCAUUUGACGGGAUGCUUCCGGAGGAGGAGGAGUUGGUGGAGAGUCCCCUUGAGAAGGAACUCACUCUCGAAAACAUCAUUGGAGACAAGAUCGAGAUCAUCGCCCCGGUGAACUCCCCUUCCCUGGACUUCAACGACAACGAGGACAUUCCAACGGAGCUCAGCGACUCGUCGGAGACCCAUGAUGAAGGGGAAGUUCAGGCCUUUUACGAGGAUCUGAAUGGCCGGCAGUACAUGAAUGAGGUGUUCAGUUUCAGCGUGGACAAACUGUAUGACCUGCUCUUCACUGACUCCCAGUUCCAGAGGGAUUUCAUGGAACAGCGUCGGUUCUCCGAUAUUAUCUUUCAUCCAUGGAAGAAGGAAGAAAACGGCAAUCAGAGCAGAGCAAUCCUGUACACGAUCACCCUCACCAACCCUCUCGCCCCAAAAACUGCUACUGUCACUGAGACUCAGACAAUGUACAAAGCCAGCCAAGAAAGCGAGUGCUACGUGAUAGACGCAGAGGUGCUAACUCACGACGUCCCCUACCAUGAUUAUUUCUACACCAUUAACCGCUACACGUUGACUCGUGUCGCCAGAAACAAAAGCCGACUCAGGGUUUCUACAGAGCUACGUUACAGGAAGCAGCCUUGGGGGCUUGUGAAAUCCUUCAUUGAGAAAAACUUCUGGAGUGGCCUAGAAGAUUAUUUCCGUCAUUUAGAGAGCGAACUGACCAAAACCGAGAGCUUGUACCUAGCGGAGAUCCACAGACAAUCCCCCAAAGAGAAGAUGAGCAAGCAAUCCACAUUGCGCCGAAGGAAACGGCCCCACGCCCACCUGCGGGUGCCACACCUGGAGGAGGUGCUGAGUCCCGUCACCACCCCCACAGAUGAGGAGGUUGUGCAUCGCAUCAAGCACGUGGCAGGUUCCACACAGACGCGGCAUGUCCCUGAGGACAGUCCCAGUGGCUUCCAUCUCCAGAGCGUCUCCAAGCUGCUGGUCGUUAUCAGCUGUGUUCUGGUGCUGUUGGUUAUUCUCAAUCUGAUGCUGUUCUACAAACUUUGGAUGUUGGAAUACACCACCCAGACCCUCACCGCAUGGCAGGGCCUGCGGCUACCAGAAAGGUUACCCCAGUCUCAGUCAGAAUGGGCUCAGUUGCUAGAGUCCCAGCAGAAGUAUCAUGACACAGAGCUACAGAAGUGGCGUGAAAUCAUCAAAUCCUCCGUGAUGCUUCUAGACCAGAUCCUUACCAAGGCUGUCUCUAGCUGUCCACCCAUGCACAUCAUGACCCUUCAGGCCCAUCUUCAAACAGGACUAGUGCAAGCAGGUAAGCUUUGACACCUUCAGAGCAAUCCUGAAUUCUGGAGCUUCUCCUUGACCGAGUACCCUAGGCCAGACGGUGGAUGUAGCAUCAGGGCUGGAAUGCUUGGUGUUCACAUCCCAGUUUGAUCCACUCAGCCCUCCACAGUCCCAUGGUAAUAUAGACAGAUUGACUCCCAUGCAGCUUACCGAGUGCAUGUCUUCCACAGAGACCUUAGAGAGAGGAGGUCUGUUCCGUGUGAGCACUGGAGAUCCUUUAGGGCACUUUAGAGCAGGGAGAUGAUGUUUUUGAACACUCCUGCCCUGCCCCCGCUACCUGUUUGCUGGUUGGUGUCCACCCUCCCCCACAGAGAGGGGCUAUCUGUACAGACUUUGCAGUUUGUAACAUGCUUUUGCUUCC